AUGUGUCACGUCUGCGAGAUGUCACCGCUGCAGAUGCGUCAGUGGUACGUCGCACUGAGACGCCAUGCCUGUGUUCCACCUGUCGACGAUACGCCGAGUACUGGUGUUGAAGAGAACUCGGACGAAUACACUGAUGACUCCGACAACAUUCAAACGCAACCUGGCGAGAAUGCAGCUGCUGGUGUGCUAUCGGACGAUAUCCCUCGGUCAUACUUGUCUAUUACUCCCAGCAGUGGGUCCGAGGAUGAGCCUCUUGUUGACCCCCGAGCUAGGCGACGCGCAGAAGCCCAGGCCCGAGUGGCUGCUGCUGGCGCAGAGGAAAACAAUUUUUCUAAACCUCCUAGUGCCAUUUCUGCAUGCUAUGACAGUAACGGAGGUGAUGAGGAGGCACCAACCAAAAUCAACAACCUCGAAGGCUGGAAAUAUGUCGUUAAAGCCUGGGGCACUGUCAAGGAAGAAUCUAUUCGCCACUGUUUCCACCACGUUCCAAUCAUCAGCAAAGACCAAAAGAUUCUACUCGACAGCCUUGGCCAUAAUGCAGAAGUCGCCAGCGCACUCCAAGUCACCUAUCCUUCCUAA